UUUUUCACAUUUCUCUCAUUUUUCCCCCACCACAUAGUCUAACAUCAAGAUUCAGUAUUUUUCUUCAUUUUCAAGAUUGUGGGUUUUUUUUUAAUCUAGAAAAGAAUGUACUCAACAUUGCCUAUAAGGAAUUUAGGAGGAAGUGGUGAUUAUUUUAAUAAUAUUCAUAAUUCAGUUUCAAUAGAUGGUACAAAUUUACCAGGGGAUGCUUGUUUAGUAUUAACAACUGAUCCUAAGCCUCGUCUUAGGUGGACUACUGAACUCCAUGAACGCUUUGUUGAUGCUGUUACUCAACUUGGUGGCCCUGAUAAAGCGACACCAAAAACAAUUAUGAGAACAAUGGGGGUGAAAGGUCUGACCUUAUACCAUUUGAAGUCACAUCUCCAGAAAUACCGCCUGGGAAAGCAAUCUGCAAAAGAGGCAACUGAUAAUUCUAAAGACGGUAAUGAAGAACUUUUCAUUAAAUACUCCAGCUUCCUGCGAAUUGCUCAUGUAGUAUGUGCUAGGGCUAACUUGCUUCCUCAACUCGGACCAACUGCAACUUUUGUCUUAUCAAAGGUACAGCGCCGUCUACAGCUUCGUAUUGAAGCACAAGGAAAAUAUUUGCAAUCAAUUCUUGAAAAAGCUUGUAAAGCUUUUAGUAGCCAGUCCAUUGAAUCGAAUGGCCUAGAAGUGAACAGGGAAGAACUUUCUGAAUUAGCAAUGAAGGUUGCAAACGACUGUGAAGGGAUCGUUAAUGUCCCUUCGUUACAUGAGAUUGCUCCAAGUAUCGAAAACAAAAAUGCUUGUCACGUGCCAGCCAGACUUGGCGACUGCUUGCUUGAUGACUGCUUUCCGUCGAAUGGAAUUGGUGAUCUAAAGAAGAGACCGCGAGCUUUUGCCAACGCGAAUGGAUUGCCUAUGGAAAGCAAUACAAGGCAGGUGGAAUGGAUGAUGAGUAAUACAUGA